AUGUUGUCCCAAAAGAGUAACUCACACGUGGUGGGAAAGUCUGCGAAUAAAAGCCUGCUCCGCUGCUUGGGUGAGACUGCUGGUGCCUUAGCGAACACAGAGACAGUUUCUGAUACCAAAACCAAUGGUCCAGAAAUGAGUCCGACACCAAGCAGCAAUGUUGCUGGCGCUGGAGAUCGCAGUGUUUCCAGCCCUCAAGGUACUGACUUCGAAGAUUCUGGAAACGGUAACCAGGGUUACGAUGGUGACAAAGAGGAUGACGAGCACGGUGAUGACUAUGACCCCAGCUGUCCAGGCAUGGAGGACUCAGACAGUUCUACCAGCAGUGGGGAAAGCUCCUCCAGCCAGCAGGAGUUGGAGGAAGUUGAGGUUCUGGGAUGCCUAUUUUACCCCCAUGAGCUAGAGCCAGGUGAGGUUGUGUAUGAGGAGAGAAUGCAAAGCCAUUUCUCUCACCUCCACUAUGAGUUGGAGCCUGGCGAGGUUUUGAAUGAGGAGGGAGUAAGAAGGCAGUUCUCUCACCGCCACUGUGAGUUGGAGCCUGGUGAGGUUUUGGAUGAGGGGGGAGUGCGAAGCCAGUUUUGUCACCUCCGCUAUGAGAUGGAGCCUGGUGAGGUUUUGCAUGAAAUGGCAGUACAAAGCCAGUUCCACCAUCACCACCGUGAGUUGGAGCCUGGUGAAGUUGUGAAUGAGGAGAAUGCAGGGUCUGAAAUGCGUGGACAGUCCAGUGAGUCCAGUGAGUCCAGUGAGUCCAGUGAGGACAGCAGUGAGCAAUAUGAUAUUGAAGAAGACAGUUCAAUAGAUGCUUGGAUGGCUUUAGAGACCUCUCCUCUUCCGAGACCUCGAUGGAAAGUCCUUAAUGCCCUUCGUGAUAGGCAGCUGGGUUCAAGUGCCCGCUUUGUGUAUGAGGCCUGUGGGGCAAGAUUAUUUGUGCAGCGUUUCUUGCAACAAUAUAUUCUUGAAGGCCAUGCUGGGUGUGUGAACACUGUGCAUUUUAACCAACAAGGCACCCUGCUGGCUAGUGGCAGCAAUGACCUAAAAGUGAUCCUGUGGGACUGGCUUCAUCAGCGACAAGUACUGAACUUUCAUAGUGGCCUCAAAAAUAAUGUCUUACAGGUUGCAUUUCUUCCUAAUUGUAGCGAUGCCAUCUUGGCCAUGUGUGGCCGUGAUGGACAGGUACGCAUUGCACACCUCGCUGCUAUGCCAGGCACCCGAAUGACUAAGCGAUUGGUGAAGCAUGGUGGAGCAUCUCAUAGUUUGGCUUUAGAGCCAGACUCCCCUUUUAGUUUCUUAACAACAGGUGAAGAUGCAGUUGUUUUCAGUAUUGACCUCAGACAAGUACGCCCAGCUUGGAAGAUGGUGGUAACCAAAGAAGAUGGUAAGAAAGUGGGACUAUAUACAAUCUUUGUGAAUCCUUCCAACUCCUACCAGUUUGCUGUAGGUGGGCAAGAUCAGUUUGUGAGAAUUUAUGACCAGAGGAAAAUUCAUGAGAAUGUGAACAAUGGAGUUCUCAAAAAAUUUUGUCCUCAUCACCUCAUAAACACUUACCCAGCAUACAUCACCUCUCUAAAGUAUAGUUAUGAUGGCUCAGAGGUCCUGACUAGCUACAUUGAUGAAGAUAUUUACAUUUUCAACUCUUCUGAUAGUGACAGAGCUGAGUAUGUUAAGAGAUAUAAAGGACACAGAAAUAAUGCCACAGUGAAAGGUGUAAAUUUCUAUGGCCCCAGAAGUGAAUUUGUAAUGAGUGGUAGCGACUGUGGGCACAUCUUCAUCUGGGAAAAGUCAUCCUGCCAGAUUGUUCAGUUCUUGGAGGCAGAUGAAGGAGGAAUAAUAAACUCUAUUGAUCCCCAUCCUUACCUACCUAUGCUGGCAUCCAGUGGCCUAGACCACAAGGUCAAGAUCUGGGCGCCCAUAGCUGGAUCUUCCAAAAAUCUUACUGGGUUAAAGAAAGUGGUUAAAAAUAAUAAGCAGAAACAAGAUAAUUUUAGCUUGCACCACACUUCCCUGUUUGACCACCACAUGCUUUGGUUCCACACGAGUCAACCGACACAGACAAAUUACCAGCACAAUCGGAGAGAUAUUAGAAUUGAAUAUGGAGAAGCAGAUUUCAGUGACUCUUCCAGUACGUCUGAGGAGGAAGAAAACCAAAACCAACAUGAUCCACAGUAUCAGAGAUCCUAA